ACCACUUGAUAUAACAAUAGAAUAUUAUGUUAGGUCUUUAUUUCUUGAUCUGCUUGUUACAGCUAUAUCUUAGUAAGCAUUUUACGUAGAUCCUUUUUGAUGAUUUUUGAAAUAAACUAAGUUUGAACUAAGGAGGACUUUUUCUAAAUACUUAAGAACUACAAAAUCCAAAAAUUGUUAUUAGUCUGAAUUACUCAUGUGUCGCUUUUCAGCUAGAUCAUGGACAGUUAUUUUAUGAAGAAAGUUAGAAGAAACUACAGAAGCAAAGCUGGUGAUUCAGAUGAAGAACAAGGUCAAGAACCAGAGAGUUUAUACGAUGCAGCCAUGAAAGAAAUGAGUUCACAAUGUAAACCAGACAACUCGUCAAUUAAAAAGAACAAAAGUGUUUUAAGCUUUGAAGACGAUCUUGACCCAGACGAUGGAGAUACUUUCAAAGUCAAAAAAUCUUCGAUGAGUCGUAAGGUUUCAAGGCAUACAAAAGAGAGUAAAAAGAAAAAAACACAAGAAAAUGAUGGAGUGAGGAUAGUUGGCUAUUGCCGCGAGAAUUUAGUUUCAUAUGAUGAAAGUUCUCCCGACCCGGAAGAAAGUCUCGAGAACCUAAGAAAAGAGCUACUAGAUUUAAAUGAGGAAGAAACAACUGCUGAAAUAACUCCGUCUGUAAAACCUGAACCCACUAAUGUGACUUCCUUGAUAAAACGUAUUAAAAAUGACGGUAGACGCCUAGUCAGGGAAGACGAUGAUGUGAAUGAAGAUGAGGAUGCAGAUGACGAUGUGACAGUCUCUUAUUCGAAAUCUGCCUCGGAGACCAGACCGGUCUUUGUAGUCAGUAAAGAACGUGAAACUGUCAGCAAACGCUCAGUUAUCGGUGUCCGUCUGAACCGUCGUGAAGAAGAACUGAAGUGUAUCAGAGAAGACUUUAUGGCAGCUGAGCAUGCUAGUGAUCGAGAUAGUGAUCAAGAGAUUGAAUGGGAACGUCAACAACUUCAAAAGGCUAUGAUUAAUCAGAAUCCUGCCGUUUUAGAAGCCAUUCAACCAAUUCUUUCAUCUGGAGAUUCCAACUAUGGAGCGAUAUCCAAAGCUGGCACUCUGUUUGCUGGAAUAGAUGUUACUAAUAUAACAUUGUCAAAAUUCAAAGAAAAUCUGGAACAGAAGUAUAACAAACUAAAUGGAUCACUAAACGAGCAUAAAACAACAUUGGAAGAAGCAAAAAGAGAUUUAGAACGAGGAAAAUUAAUCAUUGAUGAUGCUCGUGGAAAACUGCCUAGCCUUGCAAAACGCUUUGUGUUCUAUCAGCAAAUGAAGGAGUAUAUAGAUGACUUAAUAUCUUGUUUCAAUGAAAAGAUGCCGAAAAUAGAAUACAUGGAAAAACGGUGUAUUAUACUAUUUCGAGAACGUUAUGAUAAACUUGUUGAACGUCGUCGUAUGGAUAUGAAAGAUUUGGCUAUCUCAGUAUCUCAACCUAAUACGUCUAGUCCAAAUAAUUCAAAAACACCAGAGGAAGUAAAGAAUUUGGAAGCUAGACGCAGAAGAUGUGCUGAACGCGAAUCUCGACGAAUGCGACGUCAGCGUGGUCGUGAACUUCAAAAUCCUGGUGUUUUACAGGUUCAUAUAGAUGGGACCAGUACGGAUGAGGAAGAAUCACAAGCUGUGAUUGCUAAACGUGAAGCUGAUAUUGAUGCUUUAUUAGUCGAUGCCAAUGCCUUAUUCGAGGAUGUUGUCGAGGAAUUUUGUGAGCUGCCAUUAAUUCUUGAAAGAUUUAAAGAGUGGCGUGUUAUGUCACCUGAAUCAUAUAAACAAGCUUAUGUAUCAUUGUGCUUGCCUCAGUUAUUCAGUCCUAUAAUACGUAUUCAGUUGAUUGGUUGGAAUCCUUUGAUAAAUGAUUCUAAUGCUAUUGAGGAUAUGAAGUGGUUUCAAGAUUUAUUAGAUUUUUGUAGUCUUCCAGAAGGUGACAGUAAUGAUCUGAAGCCAACAACUAGCAAUGAUGGUUGUGAUGGUACUAAGAAUAGUAGUAACGAGGAGAAAUCUGCCAAUUUUGAUGAUGAUCUUCGAGUUAUACCGAAAUCGGUGGAAAAAGUAGUUUUACAACUAUUGAACGAAUUGAUUAAUGCUUCGUGGGAUCCAUUAUCUGAAAAGCAAUCAUCCCGUCUUGUUAAUUUAAUGCAAGACCUUAGUUCAACUUAUCCAACUGUGCGUAUCGGUAGUCGACCGACAGAGAAGUUAUUCACAUCCAUUGUUAAGCGUAUCGAAAACACAAUACAAGAAGAUAUUUUUAUACCACUCUAUCCCAAAAGUUUGAUGCAACAACGUCAAGGUACUGCUUUCCUCUUUUUUGAACGUCAAUUUAACAUGGGACUAAAGCUUUUGAAAAAUAUUCUACUUUGGUCAAAUCUGCUAAGUGUGGAAACAAUGAAACACAUUAGCCUUACUUGUCUGGUUAAUCGUUACCUGUUAGUUGGACUUGCCUGCUUACUCUCUGUAGCUACCUCUACGUCAAAUGAAGAAAAGACUAGCGUGACUAGUACACCAUUCACAGGUAGUGAUCAACCGGGUUCAUUAGCUUUCUGUGAUGCUGUACAAAAAUUACAGAAUAUUGUUGAAUUGUUACCCCGUGAGUGGCUGAAGUUGUCUGUUAAAAUUAAACAGGAAAAUCAGUCAUCGGAGGGAACCACGUCAACUCCAAAUCCACUUGGUCAGAUUAAGAGAAUUUUGUCACAAUUAUUGGAGUGUAUUCCACCCGGUCGAAUGUAUGCAGAUAUUUCUGGUCAAUUAGAUGUUCAAGCAGAUGAACGGGAUUGUAUUAGAACACUGUAUCGUAUUUGUGAUUUAUUAAAGGAUUGA